AUGGACGACGACCUCACGUCCCUCGAGCGCUGCGCCUCCUACGACGACGACGCGACGUACACGCGCGGGUCCUGCGCGUCCUGCGACCACGCGGCCUGCUUCCUCUACUGCACGGGCUACUGCGACUCGAUGUGCGGCGACGCGUGCGGCGGGAACGUGAGCAGCGGGGCCAUGUGCGCCCUCGACACGCUCAACAACCUCGAGUCCGUCUGCGAGGACGGCGGCUUCUGCGACGCCACGUCCUCGGCGGCGACGCCGACGACGGCGUCCGUCGCGGCGAGCUCGUGCACGGGCUGCGACAGCCACGCGCUCUGCAGCCAGUGCGUCUCCGGCGACGAGGGCGCGCUCUGCAUGCACCUCAUGGACAUCGACGUCCUCACGAGCGCCUACAAGGCCAUGAUCCUGAUCUCGGACAUGAACGCGACGUGCGCCGCGUACGCGUGCAAGAACCAGACGUCGCGGUCGUCCGCGCGCGCGUCCGCGCUCCUCGCCCCGGGCGCGCUGCCAGCGAGGUAA